AUGAUAAUAUACAAGAUAUCAUUAAUGCCAGAAAUUCGAUGAAACGUGCAUCAGAAGCUAUGGCUAUCAAAUAUAAAAUAUCAACAAGGCGUGUAUAUCAAAUAUGGAGGGAAAAUCAUCCGCCAAUAGACCCUACUGAACACAUAUACCAAGCCGAAAAUAAACAAAGCAUUAAUUGGGAUAAAGAAAUUGAUGAUAUAUAUAACUUAUAUAGUGAACUUCCAUAUUAG